AUGGAUGAAAAUAACGAAAAAAAAAAGAAAAAAUGGCGAUCUUAUCGCGCAAAUAUUUCAGCAAAUAUUGAUACGAAUUCAUCGUCACAAAAUGCUGGACAAGAAUUUUCCUCACCGUCGAUUUUGAUAAAGACUGGACGAUUUCGUGAUAAAAGUGCGAGUGAUAAUGUUGGUGCACCAGAAAAAGAUUCCGUUGUAACAAUAAUACCGCGUCCUACCGCUCUUUUAUCCAAACCAAAAGAUACAUCAUCAAUUUGUGAAGACUCGUCAAAUUCAAAAAAUUUUGCUUCAGUUCAAGAUUCCGAAGGAACAGAUCCACCUCAAGGAGCAAAUCAAAAAGCCGCUUCUCUUGUUCAGCGAAAAAUUUCGAAGGCAAACAAAUCUAAUCCACAAAAUGCACCUGUACCAGCUGAAGAAGAAGCGGAAUACGAAUCUCUUCUUCCAAUGAGUUUAGCAAUACGAUUAAUUGGCGAUCAUCUAGAAUUUAUGGAUUAUGUAUUAAAUCAUUUAUCCAACACCAAUACCCAGUUUACUGUUAUUGGUGCAAUUGGGCCUCAGGGCUGUGGAAAAUCAACGCUUUUAAGCAUGCUUACAGGAAAUAAUUCUCAAGAUUUGUAUCGGUAA